AAGAGAUUAUGCGCCACGACUCAAAGCAAGAAGCAGAGCUGCAGCAGCAGAUGAAGCACAGAGGAGAGAGAGAUGAGAUGAGCGAUGAGAGGCAGCGGAGAGGCCUUUCCCAGGCCACGCUUCGAUCCCCACCCCGCAACCCUAAAGCCUCCCUCCCUCCCUCCCUCACGCCUUGCACCGUUCAGCGCCACUGCUGAUUUGGGUCUCUCCGCCUCGAAUGCCCAAGUAUUGUUGUAGCUCUGCUGGGAUGUCGCUUCCUCUUCUCGUGAAACUCAAUCGCUACUUAUUUCGUGUCUUGGAGUGGGGCUUUGCGAUCGCGUUGUGAAUUGGGCUGACUUGGGGUCGUUUGGUUGUUGCGACCGUGAUGGAAGCAACGGGGCUUUCUCUUUCCGGAGCUAGGCAGUGUGCGCAACCAUGGUCGCGUCGGAUUGAGCACCAGCACCGUGGCACACUUGGCUCUCAGAAUUCUCUGUCUUGUCGUCAAAAGGUGGUGAUGAAAUUGGAUAUUGAAUCAAGGUUAAGCUGCUCUGUUCAGCACAGGGUAUCUUCAGUACGUGCCAAGAGGUUUGGGUUUAGCGUCGUUGAAGCAAAACCUCGGGAAUCGACCAAGGCAAGGUUAGGGUUAGCGAGGUCCAGGUCUGCUGUAGUUUGUGCUAAGAAAGAAGACGUAGAGCACCAGGAUCUUGAAAAAGCGGAGAGUAAUUCGUCUGGCUGCUCUGUAUUCUGCGGAGGGAUACAGCGAUUUGCACUGUCAAUUUCAUAUGCGACAUGUGUGACCCAGAGUGAUUACAGGCAACUGUCAAGUUUAUGUGAGCUGAUUCUUCUCGUGGCUCUUGGUUUGUGGGCCGCAGAAUCAUGGACUUCGCGUGCCCAGAGGGCAAAUAUUGUGUCUCGAAUCUUCAUGUGCAGAUUACUGUGCGAUAGUUGCACCGUUCCUGCCCCGGAGGCUGUUUUGCAGCGGCAAGUAGCCAUGUCUACACAACCUGAGCGUUGCAUAUGGGAGAGGCGCUCCCAGACGGUAUCAAUUCGGCGUCUACAGGCUCCUGGAAGGGCGUCUCAGCUUCAGUCCCUUUGUAAAUUGGAGCGUCGUGGUGCUCGUGUUCCUGAUUCACAUUCGACAUGUCCAAGUAUGACCCACUACGAAGCAGUCAUGGGAGGCCACGAAGAGACUGCGAAGGCAGCGGAUGGCUCGGAAAGUGAUGCCACCAGAUUUACUGUAAAGAAGUGA